AUGCAGACAAACUUCCCUCACAAUCGGAAAAGGACAUUAUAUGUUGGGGGGUUCGGUGAAGAAGUUAACGAGAAGGUAUUAACGGCAGCGUUCAUCCCAUUUGGCGAAAUUGUUGCUAUAUCUGUUCCUAUGGACUAUGAGUCGGGAAAGCAUAGAGGUUUUGGCUUUGUCGAAUUUGAAUUGGCUGAGGAUGCUGCAGCAGCGAUCGAUAACAUGAACGAUAGUGAACUUUAUGGAAGAACAAUCAGAUGUAACUUCGCUCGACCUCCAAAGGCAACCGAGCGGUCUUCUCGUCCGGUAUGGGCUGAUGAUGAGUGGUUAAAAACAUAUGGUAAAGGAAGCGGAAUGGCUGAAGAAGGUGAAGAACCAUCAGAAGAAUCUGAUUCUUCUAAGCUACCACGUGUAUAUUUGGGAGUAAAAGUUGGCAUCAGAUACAUUGGUAAAAUUGUGAUAGAAUUGCGUUCGGAUGUGUGUCCUAAAACAGCUGAAAACUUCCGUUGCUUGUGUACUGGCGAGAAAGGAUUUGGCUUCGAAGGCUCAACCUUCCAUAGAAUCAUACCGAAAUUCAUGAUCCAAGGAGGAGAUUUUACCAAAGGAGAUGGAACUGGUGGAAAGUCUAUUUAUGGCCCAAAGUUCGAAGAUGAGAACUUCACGCUAAAACACACGAUGUCUGGAACAGUAUCUAUGGCAAACUGUGGUCCAAACACAAAUGGAUCUCAGUUCUUUAUUUGUACAGAGAAAACAGAGUGGUUAGAUAAUAAACACGUAGUUUUCGGACAUGUUGUUGAAGGAAUGAAUAUUGUCAGGCAGAUAGAGCAGCAGGGUACACCAGGAGGAAAACCUCAAAUGGCAGUCAAGAUAGUGGACUGUGGUGAGCUGACAGAGAAACGUGCUCCUCCAUCUCAAAAGAAUAAUGAUGAAGAAAAAGCACAGCAAGAUGUUAUAAAAUCUGAACCAAUGAUUGUUGAUCCUGUUGCUUAA